CGGCAUCAUUUGACUUAUUAUGUUUUAGAAGAAAUUUGACAACGAAUUUGAAUACAAAACUCCUCAAGAAGACGGUACAGUCAGAAUUCAUGUAAAGAAACUGCUUCAUCGAUACUACGCUCCAUUCUAUGAUGCAAAACACUUUUUUACAAAUUUGAUGAAUUUUAUUCCCAUAAUGCAUUGGUUGCCUAAAUAUUCGUCCUCAAAUUUGAUACUCGAUUUUAUCGGUGGCUUGACUAUUGGUAUUAUGCAUGUGCCCCAAGGAAUUGCGUAUGCUUCUUUGGCUCAAGUUCCCGCUGUAAUGGGAUUGUAUACAUCUUUCUUUCCUCCGUUGUUUUACGCUAUUUUUGGCACAGCUAGACAAAAUUCUCUUGGAACAUUUGCUGUAGUAAGUUUGAUGGCAGGUGCAGUAGCUAGUCGGAAGGUAGAUUUAUGGAAUCAGAUUCAUAAAACGAGCUUUAACUCUUCUGAUAUUAUGAUGGUGAUGAAUUCAACAUCAGUAACAACUGUUGACGUCAAUGUCAUUUUGGUCUUUACAAUUGGAAUUGUUCAUAUAAUUAUGGGUCUUUUGAGAUUGUCAUUUGUUGCAACAUACUUCUCAGAUCAAGUAGUGGCUGGUUUCACUACUGCUGCAUCUAUGCAUGUUCUUGUAGCCCAAAUGAAAUAUAUUUUCAAUCUACCAAAUUUGCCGAUGAGAAGUGGUCCUGGAGAACUGUUUUUAAAGUGUUACGAUAUACUUAAUCAUAUAAUGUCUUCAAAUCCUUAUUCUAUCGGUAUUUCAUUAAUUAGCAUUGCAUUUCUUCUACUCAGCAAGUUGCUUCUUGCGCCAUUCAUCAGAAAAAAAUUUAAAAUAACAAUUCCUAUACCGUUCGAACUUCUUUUGAUAAUUAUUGUUACUUUCUUUUCUACAUUUUUUCAAUUAGAAAAAGAUUUCAAAAUGCGAGUAGUUGGGGAAAUUCCUACGGGACUACCAAAACCACGUUUACCACGUUUUGAAAUGAUACCUCAAAUAAUGGGUGAAGCGAUUGGAAUCGCAGCAGUAACAUUCGCAGUACAUAUAUCUUUAGCUAAAAUAUGCGCGAAAAAAUUAAAGUACGACAUCGAUGUUGAUCAGGAAUUAUUUGCAAUAGGUUUAGCGUCGAUAUUUUCCAGUUUUUUUUCGGUUUUUCCUGUGGCGUGCUCAUUAGGUCGAACGAUGGUGAAUAUCUCAGUAGGUACCAAAACUCAGGUAUUUCUUUACUUUUAA